AUGGCACCAGAAGUUCUUCGUAAUGAACCGUCAGAUGAGAAGUCUGAUGUAUAUAGCUUUGGGGUGAUAUUAUGGGAACUUGCGACUGAAAAGAUUCCUUGGGAUACUCUCAACUCAAUGCAGGUAAUUGGAGCUGUAGGGUUCAUGAAUCAGCGUCCAGAAAUUCCAAAAGAUGUUGAUCCCGAGUGGGCUUCUUUAAUUGAAAUCUGUUGGCACAGCGAUCCAACUUGCCGACCAACUUUCCCCGAACUGCUUGAAAGGCUUAGAGAGUUGCAAAGACGGUAUGUCAUUGAGUUCCAAGCAGCCCGAUCUGCUGGCGGUGAAAGCAUCCAAAGAAAAGAGUCAUAG